GAACAGGAAACAGGAAACCAGCACAGGCGCGCAGUCGAUACUGUGCUGUUAUAAAACUCAGUUGGUAAAACUCAGCGAGUGAGUUGAGCAGGUGACGUGGAGAAAGGAGAACAAAACCAAACACACUUGUGCAUACUUGCCGAAGUUUUGUCCACAAUUGUUGAUUGAGGUAAUCGAUGAAGCCCAAAUAAGGAUCUGAAGACAACAUACAGAGAGGAGGAAACAUGUCUACAGCCAGAAAGGAGCUACAGGAGGCCUUGUGCCACUACACCGAAGAUACUCUAAUCUACAUUGACACUGUGAGAGGAUUCUGUGAGAGUACCUCUAAAUGGAUGAUUGGGAGGGAGUCAGAGUUGGACAUGAUGAGAGACAUGAAGGACAGGGCUGACAAAAUUGACCUGAACUUUAACCAUGUAACCAAGUCAGAGACCAAAGGUAAAGCCUUUUGGGAAUAUAUGAAGAGCAAGGUGACCCAGGUGACUGCAGAGAGCAGGCGUGCAGAGCUGGAGAAGGAGCUGGCUGCUGUGCUGAAGGACACUCUGGGAGGCCUGGAGAAGCUUGACUGCUUCCUGGAUUCAGUGGAGAAGCUGGCGGUCACCUCCCUUCAUGUGUUCACAGAGAACCAGGUGUUGCAUCUACCAGAAGGGAUCAGCCUUGAAAAUGUUCAGGUUGUCAUCACUGCUGCACGGCUAAUCUGCCCUCUCCUCCUCGAGUUUAAAAGAGAUGCCAGUGUCUUCUUCCUUCCCAGACUUCAGAAUGUGGAAGUGCUAGCAUAUCAGCUGGACAAAUACAUUCAGACCACCCAGGAAAUCUGUGAGAAGCUGGAGAAAAGCUCCUUCUGUGAGUUUGACCUGAAGAUGAUUAUGAAAACUGUGGUAGACCUCGAUGUGGAUUUGUCCGAAGAUGACAUACAAAGGAUGUUGUAUCACAUUAAGCAGCUUGAUGAUAUCAGGAUGAACCAAAACUUCAGGAUGGUGUUCUUGUUCCAGGGGGAAUCAUGUUCUGGCUUCAUCACUGAGUUCACAGAGCGAGAGCACAGGAUGCUGGGGUUUCUAAAAGACCUGGAAGAGAGUGCUGUUCAGCUAGACAGGAUGAAUAAGGGGGCAAAGAUCUCCAGUGUGGCAGGCAGCUCAGUGGGGGCAGUUGGAGGUGUGCUUUCCAUUGUUGGUUUGGCAUUAAUCCCUGUAACAGCAGGAGUGUCUCUAGCUCUGACGAUGACUGGGGUAGGGCUGGGAGUUACCAGCGGAGUCAACAGUCUUGUUACCACUGCCACAGAGAUUGGAGUAAACCGUACACAGCAAAAGAAAGCCAGUGAAGUCUUCAAGAGCUUCAUGGAGGAUGUGCAGACUCUCCAGGAUUGUCUGGAGGAGGUGACCAAAAGGGAAACAAACCCGAUAGAUGUGGCUGUGGGAGUCGGCAAGGUGCUUUGUAAAGCUGGUGUUGUUGGGAAAGGCAUUGAUUCACUUGUUGAUGCUGCCUCUGCUGUUAAGAUGUUGAAAAGUGAGGAGCUGCUUACAAGUGCUGGCAAGGUGGUGGUCCAGGAAGGUAAAGCAUUACGUAACGUUCCCAGGGUGGCCUCAGACAUCCCAGAUGUUGGUCAAGCAGCAGUCAAAGGGCCUCUUGCCCUCUCCAAGUCAGCCAGGGCAGGUCUCAUCGCAGUCAAUGCUCUUUUCCUUGGAAUGGAUAUCUUCUUCAUCUGUAAGGACAGCAUCAGUCUGUACAAAGGCAGUGAGACUGAAUUCUCACAGCUCAUCAGAGCCAGAGCUGCACUCUGGAGCUCAGAGAUGGACUCAUGGCAGAAGAUCCAUGACUCCCUGAGCAAAGGUCUGCUGACAUCAGAGAAAAAACAAGCUGUGCUGGAGUCGCCAUUUUAUCCAGGGAGAGAGAUCUAGAAACAAAAAGAAACAGAAAUAGUAAUUUCAUGUGACAAAGUGGUCGAAACAUGAAAUAAAAUACAUAGUAUUGAUAAAUAAUAGCGCUCUGUCAGACUACUUAAUUUGCGGCAACACUCGCAGAGCGAAAUCCCGCUAAUGUUUGAAUUAUGUCUAAAUCCAUUUUAUAUCAAUCAUAUAUGAUUAAACAUUGCAUACAACAGAAAAUCACUGAUCAUCCUUAACUACACUUUACAGUAGGUCGCUGGUAGUUUAACCAUUUGAAUCACUGUGUAGCUGAUUUACUUUUUUGCUUUUUUGCCUAAUUGCUAUUGAUAAACAAAUGUUCAGGGAAGUUGUUCAACCCUAUUUUAGAAGUUACCUGGCAAACUGUAAUCCUGCUAAAACCCUCACUUAGACUCUAGUUUCUGGUUGUUAAAAAUCAAAUGUGACAUUUCUUGCACUUUCCCAUGAAUAGUGAGGUAUUUUAAUGCUUUGGUUCAUGUAAGACCUGUGGACAAGUUGCCACUUUUAGCUUUAGUUAACCAAACUAGAGUUCACCCUGGAGCUAGAUAUAUUUUAAGAUUAAAUUGUAUUACCAAUGAAGUGCCUACUAUGUUUUUAUCGUCAGACACUGAAGUCAAAUUAUACCAGUGUUUUGUUGAAUUAUUAAAAAUGGUGUACCUGUCUUGUCUUUUUUUUAAAUGUUCAAUGCUUUAAUUUUAUAAUGUAAUCUUGCUUCAUUAUCUGAGCAUAUACUUUGGCAUUAACAAUAAUAAACAUAUUUCAUUAAGUAA